AUGCUAUAGAAUCAAUAAAGCUCAACAGAACAUUCAAGUAUUCAAAAACUGCAAUAAUUCUUGCAAGGAUUGAAUAAGUCAAUUGUUAAGUAGGGUGUUUAAGCCAAUUUGUAAACAAUAUCAAAUAAUUUGGAUGCUGCAGCAAAUGAAAUAGGGUUCUUGUUGUAAUAACGAGAUUUGAAUGAGUUUAGUCAUAUUGUAAAUAAAUUGUCAUCAGUUUGGAAAGAAUUAUACAAAACUGUUUAUAAUAGUAAAUUGGUUAAUGAGUUUGACAAUGAGCCAAGUGAUUUUCAACAAAAAAUGGAAUUGAUAUCAUAGACAAAGAAGUAAAUGAAGGAUGGGGUAGGAGAAAUUGGUUAAUUGGGAGGAGUGCGAGUAUCAGCUUAUCAGACUCCUUAGACAAAAAAUAUGAUGAGAUAGAUGAGCAGACAAUAAACUGGUUUGCCUUCCAUUUCAGGAUAACCUCAAACUGAAUACAAGCAUAAAACGAACUAUGAAAUUGAUGAUGAUUAAAGGGAAAUUUUGUAGGAAGUCUUGAGGUAGAGCAAUAAGUUGAAUAUGUAAAUAGUAAUGAAACGAUAUGAUCCAAAGAUAACAUUAAUGGUAAGCUAAGGAACAGACACCAAUUUAGAUAUCUAGGAGGCAAUAAGAGGAUUUAACAAAGAUUAUUUAGAGAUUAAAUUAUCAGAAAUUACAAAGGAAAACUUAAAGAAUUUGGAGGAAAUACAAAAGGCGAUGUCGGAGAAGCAUGAAUUUACAUAGGUAGGUGAAUCAUCUGCAACAGAAAAGUUAAAAUCAAUCUACAAGACUAUUUACACUAAGACAACUGAAAUGGAUCAAUUAAUGGUUGAGGCUUCUAGAUAAGAACCUUAAAUUGUUUAGGAUGUUUUGGAUGAGUUCGUCCAUCAUAUAACACACAAUUAUAAAGACAUACAAUCAGAAACAUUUAAGAUUGUUGCUAAGUUGUUUUAGUCAUUGCAGCAGAAAUAAAAAUAAGAUGAGCUAUAGAAAAGUAGAAGUCUGUAAGUUUAGUAACCUCAGCAUAAAAAAGAUAAGUUAAGUUCGUCUAAGAGAGGUAAUCAAAGUUCAGCUGAUGAAUCUCAAAUAAGUGAAAAAAUUAGGUAGGAAUUAAUUGAAAAGAAAAUAGAAGUGGAUAAGAAGAAUCAAGAAAUAUCUGAAUUACAGAAUAAAGUGAGACAAACUGAAACUUAGUAUAUCUAAACAGCCUUAGAAUUGGAGUCAAUGAAGUUAAAUGUUAGUAAGUCAGAAUAAGAUAAGGCACAUUUAAAUUAUGAAUUUAGGAAAAUGGAAAAGCAACUUACUACUUUUAAUUCCAAGACCUUUCAAGAUUAAGCCAUUUAAUGUACUGAUAUUGGAUAGUAAAAUUUAAUUUAAAAAUUACAAAAAGACAAUCAAUAAAUUCAAUAAAAAGUGUAUCAACUCAAAAGUGAAUUAAAUAAAAUAAGUCCAAGUUCAGGGAGAGAAUUAAAAUACUAAAAUACAGAAUUUUAAGAUAAAAGCGAUGAUUAGAACAUUUAAAAUUCAUAGAAUGGAACUCCUAGAUUAACUAGUAGGUAUAAAUCUGCAUAUGAUUUUGACAAUUAAUUGAAUGAAGAUGUUUAUUCAAUUGAUUAGAGAUUAGAUUCCUCUUAGUAAAUGUAUAAAAAUAGUGAAAUAUCUAACAAAGAAAGAUUAGAUGAUAUGGGAUUCGAGAGAUCACCAACUCAUUCAAAUACUAUUAAAGCCGGUUAAAAAAUGAAAAAUAAAUCUUCAGCUCAACUCGAAUCAAGAUAAACUAAUAGUCCUAAAUCUAAUUCUGAAAGAUCGGUUAAGGUGUCAUUACAAGUAAGUUAAACGAAUUUCAAUCCAAAGAAAAAGAAAUAAAAGUCUAUUCUUAAAAUAGAAGAAGAAGAUUCCACUCUAAAUUAAUCUGCUGAAUUGAAGAAACAAAAAAUCAAACAGCAAGCUUUUUCUAAUAAAGUCACUAGGAGAUAAACUACUUUAGAAGUAGCCUCCAAUGAUUUUUUCUAAAAUUAAAAUUCAAUUAAAGAUCAAGAUGAAACAUAAGCGGCCACUAAUUUUGAAACUUAAAGGACUCAAUCUGGAUAAGCCAUAAAUAAGCCUAAAAGAAUUAAGUCAGUUGAUAAAAAGAAUAAUAUAAGUGGAAGGAGAAUUCAAACUGAAGGGCAGGAAUAAUUAUAAGAAAGCGAUGAUAGUCAAUCAGAAAAUGGCAAUACUAAGGUUAAGUUUUCAAGAAGCACCACUUAAAAAGAUUAAAAAAAACAAACACUUAAAAAGGGCUAGUAAAUGACUUAGAGUAGAAAUAUUCAAACAAAGAAAUCUGGAGACAUUUAAUUUAUUGAAACUGUAGAAGAAAUUCCCUCUAAUAUUACAUCUUAAUAAAAUUUAGAUAAAUAUAGUUAAAGACAAUAAAAUACUAUUGAAGAGAAUGAUGGGUAGAUUAGGCAUAAAAAUGAUUAUUUGAAGUAUAAUGGAAAUUCUCCAAUUAAAAGAUCAAGCACUUCAGUUCCAUAAUAACUCCAAAUGAUUAUCAAAUUAAAUGAUGAGGAUUAACAAUAAUUUACAACCUAUUGGCAUUAGAGACACAUUGAUUAAGAAACUUAAACUGAAAAUUAUUUGUUGAUGUAAUUACUAUAAAGUACAAUUACUCAAUUAGAUCUUCCUCUGAAUGUCAAACAAAAUAUAGCUUAACAAUUGCCAAAAAAACUAGAAACUGCUAUUGCAAUAGCACUGAAUCAAAGUUAGAUUAUACAUUAAACAGGGGGUUUAAGUUCAGAUAAUUUGUAGUAAUUUGAAUACAAUUCUCCUUAAAGUUCUCGAUAAUCAUAAGAAUCAUUUAGAUAGAAAUAGUUUAGAAAUUAGAGAGGUCUUGAUUCUCAAGGAAAAUAAAAAUAACAAACUUUAUUAGAUUUGAAUUAAUGUGAACCUCCUCAAACAAAAACAAGUUUGGAUAGCAAGAUUGGUUAAUUAACUUAAAAGAACUCAGUAGAAUUGCCAGGGUAAGGAAAUUCUGAAAAUAGCGAUGGAAUAUUGAAAUCAAAAGGAGAGUUAGAUAAGUAGUUCUUAAAAUAAUAAGAAUAAGUAUUAAAAUUGGAAGAGUUUCUGAGAUCCGAAGAUGAAGAGUUGGGAUAUGAAGAAUUAGCAAGGUAAAUAAUAGCAAACGAGAAUGGAGGUUAACCUUUAGAACAAUUCAAACAAAAUGAUCUCUAAUCAGAGAAUUUUAUGAAAAAACUCCAUAAUAGUAUGACGAAUCAUAAAACAAGAGGAGCUGCUGCUAUUUAGGAAAUGUUAAAACGAUUCUACAAAAAGAAUUCGAAGGAACAAAUUACUUUCCAAGAAUUCAAAGGGUUUUACUAAAAGGUUUUCUCGGCUCAUAAACAAUGUGGUUUUAAUAUUGUGUGUAGUCAUUUAUAAAGAUUUCUAAUGAAGUUAGGAUUUACUUGCUCCUUGUUUUCUAAACGAAAACUAUUGAAAACUUCGCUUUCAAUACUUAAACCUUUCAAUCCAUUGCAUGAAACGAAAUAAAAAUUAGUGAAUCAAUCAGCCACUAAUUAGAGUUCAAGCAAAUUUUAAACUAAUUAACAUUUUUCUGUUGAUUAAUGA